CACCCCCCCCCCCCCCCCCCCCCCGAAUUCGAACUUAAACAUGGCCGUAUCCACACAGCAAAAGCUUUCUCUUCUCUUGCUACACAUUUUCCUGAUCAAUGCUUCUGCAAAGGCUCAAUCUAUCAACGUGAAACUUGCACCUGCGCUCUAUGUGUUCGGAGACUCCACUGUCGAUGGUGGAAAUCGGCUCCCUCCAAACCCUACAUACGGAAUGGACCUCAACCCGUUGGUUACCCCUCGCUGGAGCAACGGCCUCAACAUUGCUGACUUUCUUGCAAAUUUUUUGGGGUUGCCCCUUGUUCCCCCCUACUCUAACAUGUCCGUUGCGGGGGGUUCAACCACGGGAGUCAACUACGGCUCGGCUGGCUGCGGAAUCCUACCGCCAACCGGCCAACCGAUUAAUGAGAACCGGAGCUGUUGGUCCUUCGACGACCAGAUUUUGUUUUUCAACCGAACUGUGUCGGAUAACCUGACGACACUUUUCAGAAAUGAAUAUUUGGUACAACACCUUAAGAAUUCUGUUUUCCUCUUAUCCUUCGGGAUAAAUGAUUAUGUGUUCAAUUAUCUGAAACCACGUACAACGGAUCCCUAGCGGCCCUUGAGCCCGACGUUUUCGCGAAGUACCUUUUGAACGAAUUGUCGUUCCGUUUAACGAUUUUGCACGGGUUGGGAGGCAGAAAAUUCGUGGUGAACAACAUUUGGCCACUGGGUUGCACCCCGGGCUUUUCGACACGUCAACCAGAUGGGGAAAACUGCUGCGACGAAAAAAUCAACCAGCUGUUGAUUCCUUACAACAACUCGUUGCCCCAGAUGCUGAUGAAACUGGAGGGGACGCUCCCGGGGUUCUUGUUCAGUAGCUGGGAUGAUUUCCAGUUCAUCGCAGACUUGAAGAUGAAUGAGGCGCAAUAUGGUAUAACCCAUGUUAUGGGACGUUGUCUUUCAAACCCGUACUGGGGAACACCGUGCAGGGAUCGGGACCAGUAUGUGUACUUCGACGACACCCACACAACCCAGGCUGCGGAUUUCAUCUUCGCCUUGAAUUGCUUUAACGGGACUCUGUGUAGUCCCAGAAAUGUCUUCAAACUUGUUGGAAUGUGAUUCCAUUUUGGAGUACGUACCAGAGAUUGCGAACACUACUACUUUUAAGUUUAAGUUGGUAUUUAGGUGUUUAAUUUUCCUACUUAAUCCAUGUAUCAGAGAUCAGAUGUGCAUGUCAUUAGCACUGCUAGCUAGCUGUAAAAUUGAUGCUUUGGUGAACUGUUAUUUCGGUGGUAAUUAACGCUUGUCAAAUUUUCCUUUUUGUUACAGCGUAGCACCAUGAAUUGGCUAUUAAUUUCUUCAAGUUUAAUACGGGGGUUUUCUACAUUACAAUAUUCCGUUAGCUAGCUAGCUCCUUUCUUUAAUCUAUGGGAAGUGAUAAAGAAAUUAAUUGCAGAAAUUUACCCAAACAAUAAGAUCAUCUUCAAUGCCUUUUCAUGUGCUAUAUAAUUAAGCACCUCGAUCGUAUUCGGAAACUCUCGCGUAUUGUGUUUCAAAAGUACUAAAUAUACGCUACACACCAUGUUAGUUCUCUUGUUCUAUGUUUUCUUGUAUUCUUGUGGAAUGUUUUGGACGACCUGCCAAUCGCAAAGCGUCCCACAAAUGUACGUAUUUGGAGAUUCAAUUGUAUAUAUUGGCCCCAGCGGUUCUCAUGCAACUGGCAUGAAAACAGGAUACAUGCCUUAUGGCCUGGAGUGCCUUUUUAUGGACAAAUUCAGAUUCAGCAACGGAAAGACAAUCCCAGGGUACAUAGCUGCAGCGCUCAAUGUAUCCACUCCACUGUCAAUGGACGAUCUUUUCAACAUAAAGCAACUCGGAAUUAAUUAUGCAUCUCCAUCAUCUGGCAUUCUUUCGGAGACAGGAACAGCAUUGGGAGUUAACUAUUGCAUGGAGAAGCAAGUUGACUUUUUCAAUGAAACUGUGGAGACAAAGUUGCGGGCCAAAUUUUCACCCAAGGACAAACUCUCAAAAUACUUAUCGGCUUUGGUUUAUCUGAUUAAUAUAGGCACAAGCGACUAUAUUCACAACUAUCUCCAGCCUGAUCAUUAUAACAGUAGCCGCCAAUACAACGGCGAAGAUUUUGCUGAACUCCUUACAAAGAAACUCGAAAACAAUUUAAAGGAUCUGUACAACAUUGGCGCGAGAAAGAUGAUAGUUUUUCAAAUUGGCCCGCUUGGUUGCUAUCCAUACAUAAUAAACAAGUUCAAGCCAAGAAGUAGAUGUGCUGACGACAUAAACAAGUUGGUGUCUAUUUUCAAUGACAAGCUUAACGGCAUGCUCAAAGAAUUGAGCGAGAAACUUGACGGAUCAUCAUUCGUGACUGUAAAAACUUUCGAUCUCAUAAAGAGGUUGAUUCUAAGUCCUGCUGAUUAUGGAUUGGCAGAAACGAGGUGGCCAUGUUGUGUAACUCAGGCGAAUGGAACCGGGCUAUGUGACAGAGGACCUAAGUACUUUGGAUCGGAUGUGCCUCGCGAUGUGGCUCGAAUUUCUAAUGCAUUGUCAAUGGAAAAAGAGUAUAUGUGUAGGGAUAUCACGUCCCCUAGAUUGAAUUUGAGUUACUCGCAAAUCGGAAAACCGGUGAAGUAUAUAUGCCAGGAGAGGGAUUAUUAUCUUUUCUUUGACGAGCUUCACCUGACUCAAGCCGCUUACAAACUUAUAGUGAACAAAUGCCUAAAUAGUACCUCAGAAGGCAUUUGCUCUCCAUACGGCAUCUAUCAUCUGGCAGAGAUUUAA